AUGGAGUCCGAACAGAUGGAAAAGCUUCGCCAGUCGCAGCUGAAGGGCCUGCGAUCCUGCGACGCGAAGCUCGAGCGCUGGGCGCAAUUCGAGCGCGACUACGAGGCCCUCGGCGAGCGGCUGCGCACACUGCCCGACCGUGUGAGCCACGAGGUGAUGGUGCCUCUCAACUCCCUCGCCUUCAUUCCCGGACGGAUCAUCCACACGAACGAGGUACUCGUGCUCCUGGGGGACAACUGGUUCGCCGAGCGGUCUGCGAGCCAGGCGCUGGGCAUCGCCCAGCGGCGCGCCGAGCAAUGCAGGAAGAUGCAGGAGGGAUUGAAAGCCGAGCGGGAGCAGCGCACCAACUGGAUGAAGUACACGGACGAGUUGCACCGCGAAAGCGGCUACGUGGAUAUUCGGGAGCCGUACGACCCGGACGAGGAGAACACCUGGCGGGAGAGACACCGCAAGAGCGUGCGUGACCAUCACACGUCCAAGAAGGCUGCCGAAGGGCAGGAGCAUCAGCCUGACACGGAUGUCUGGAAACUGCUCGAUCGCCUCGAGUUGCAAGAAGAGCAGGAGGAAGCCUGCGCAGACAUCGCGCCCGAGACUUCGCACGAGGAAGUCUCCCGCAAAGUUCGAUGGCAAGAUGAGAGCAGUGGCCACAUCAGCUUCUCCUACUCGACGAGUGACACCUGCUCAGCGACCACGGCCACUUGUAGUUCGGAUGCAUUGCUAAGUCCUGGCGACAUCUUGCGUAUGUUUGGCGGAUCCGAAGCCAGCGUGGCAAAGUCUAUACUGAAAAAUUCGUCAGAUGUGAAGCCGCCGACGUUGCCCAAGGCGUCAGUAUCAUCUCCUGUUGUACCAGCGCCAAGAGAAAGGCCCAAGUUGAAGUUUGAUGACGCAUUCACGGGAAAUGUUGUGGAGCACCACACUAUUGCACCUUCGUCGACAACAAUCGACUUUGAUGUUACUGACGUAGAAUUACCAGCGCCACUCAGCAAGCCAAGUUCGUUGUUUAGGUCAAGGAGGGUAACAAAGCCAUAG